UUAAACAAACUAGAUUACUAACUAAUCUAGAUCUAGCUUCUAGAUCUAGAUGAUGUACUUCAACUUUUAACUUACUUAUUGUAAUUUUUUAAACUAAGAAGCAAGUACCUAAUAUUUUAGAUUAAAGGUAUAGUGAAGUUAGACUACACUUAAGUAGUUGCUUUGAAACAUGGAGUAUGAUUUAACAGAUGAGGAGAUAGCCCCUAUAAUACCCGUUGUAGAGAUUUCAAAUUUGAGUCAACACAGGCAAGCUUGGGAAGCAAGGUCAGAUACAGAUGAUCAUCAUGACGUGGAAUAUGAUGAAACUGCAUCUAGUACGAAAAAACAUGUAAAUGGCAAGGUUAAGCAUGACCUAACACCAGCAGAUAUAAAACUAAAGCAGUCUGAAUCUUUGGCUGUUGAAUAUGCACUUAAACACAAGGUGGAUAAAGCUAUUGAAGAGAGGAUAAAAUGUCUUGCUUAUACAAGAAUAGUGUACGGUUCAUCUCACUGGAAGCAUGCACAGAGUAUUAUCAAUUUGGCAGAGGAUUACAUUAAUCUAAAACAAUACUUUGCACAAGCUGAGUAUCAUGCAGAGACUGCUAAAUCAAUUAUGUUGCAUGGAAAUCAUCUUGCUUCAUCUUUAGAAGAAAAAGCUAAUUUAUUUACAGUUUUAAUACAAAUUUACAGAAUUUUAGGACAGGCAGCUACAGCACUCAAAAAAUAUAAUGAAGCAGAACAAGCAUUACAAAAAGCAGAUAGAAUCUCUAAAGAACUAAGCAAGCUUGAAUGUGUUACAGAUAAAGAAUGUGACCAUCUGGAUAUUUUGUUAUACCAAGCAAUGGCCAGGCUUUACACAAAACAAAAAAAGCAUGCAUUGGCCAGUGAAAAAUAUGACAAGGUAAUUGAAUUAAUGACAAAAGAAUUUGGAAAUGACAGUAUUCAGGUUAUGCAAGCUAACACUGAAUAUGGAAUGUUAGAACAAUCUAAAGGGAAAUUUGCAAACCAUGACAAGACUAUUCAAUUAUUUUUAGAAGCGCAUUCCAUUGCAACAGCUAUUUACAAAGAAGGUCAUCCAGACCUUAUAGACACAGCACUUAACUUAUCUUUAGCUUAUGCAGGAAAUGGAUGGGAAGAGGCUGAAGGGUCAGCCUUGAGUUAUUUAGAGGAAUGUUUGAGGUCAUGUACUGCACUUUAUGGUCCAAAUCAUGGGAAAACCUUAGAAGUUCAAGACCACUUGGCUAAAAUGUACAUAAGGAUGGGGAAAAUGAAUGAUGCAAUGCAAAUAUUGAUGUCCAGUUUGCCAUCUAAAAUGGAAUGUUUUGGAGAUUAUUCAGAAUCUGUAUCAGAAAGCUAUAAAUUAAUGGGCAGUAUCAACUUGUCAGAGGGUAAUAUUGAAAAAGCCUUACGAGCUUAUAAAAAGUGUUACACUAUUGAAGUUGUUUUACAUGGGAAAGAUCACAGAAAAACGAAAAGCACUUUGCAGACAAUGGAAAUGUUAUUGUCAAAUCCUUCUCUCUCUCAAAAGUUUUUAUUGAACAAAGGUGAUGACUUGUUAAAGAGACCAAGGUUUAACAGUGUAGUUGGUAGAACAAAGUAAUCCAUCUAAUGUAAAUCAUGCUGGUUAACCUAUUAUACUUUACAAUUUUAAAUAACUUUUUCAGUAAAUUUUGUUUUUAAUACUAUAGAUUUAUGUAUAAUUUUUAUGAUUAAGUAAUUUAUUCUUAUAUUAUCAGUAUCACUGAUCUUACGAUGCAGUGUCUGAAGAAGGUCAAUUCAGAAUGUCAAAUUGUUUUUAUCUCAAAGCAAUUUUCUCCAUUGAAAUUAUAAAAAAAAGUACCCUAUUGAACCUGACAGUCCAUGUAGGGUCCAACUGUUUCAGUGACCUCGGCAUAUGAAGGCAUAGUGUGGUCAGCACUAUGCCCAGCAGGCUUUACUUCCCCAAGUCAGGUAUCCAUUAAAGGUGGAUUCGAAUUCAAGACUUUGGAGUAGCCUUUGUAUGCUUCACUACCCAACCAUGCAAUCACAUACUGAAAUUACAUGAAACGCAAUUAAUCGGUUCCAUUCUCCUAAAUGCCACCCCAGUUAAUGAGAACAAUGUAGGCUACUUAAAAAAUCAAAUGGUGUAUAAAAACAUAAUAAAGGAGAAUGUUAAGAAAUAAACUGGUUUUAUUAAGUAUAUAUUCUUUUGAAAUCAUCUGACUUGAGCUUACUGAAGAUGCUGGCUGUUAUUAACAGUGUUAACACUUUACUUUUUUGGUCACUUUAAAUAUUACUCGUUACACUCUAAAUUAAUAAAACUGGUAGCUGCAACGAGGUGUAUGCAAAUAGUAGUAAAACAUGUAGUGUAGCUAUCACAAAUUGGACAAUGUACAUGGGUGGGUGUUUGGGGUGAUGUGGGGGUGGGGGCAUUCCUGCGAUAUCAUUUGGAUUCAUUCUUAAAAGACGUGCCCCAUUCAGCGCCAUCUUUUUUUUAUGAUUUCAGAAACUGCUUCGAUUUCCAUCUCUCCUAGUAUUCUCAUUGCACAAGGUAUUAGGCUGGUGGAUGCCUUUUAUCCUUCCCAAGCUUUUAGUUUGGAAAGGGGCCAGUGAUCUUCUGGUGGAGGUUGUUUCUUUCCAGCAUUUGCUGCCAUUCAGUAGGAUGCUAAAAACAUUACUUUUGAAAAGUCUGCAUUUGUUCUUGGAGGCGAUUGAUGUUUUUUUGCAUGGUUGCUUGUUUUAAUUUCAACAGUGUGGUCUCCUUCAUAAUUAAGUAUGUCAAGUCUUUUACUUCUUCUACUUGUUUCUUGCUUCAUAACUUUGGGUUUGUUAAUGUUUAAUUUGAAUCCAAAAUGAAUAGGUCUGUUUAGUUUUUCUUGCAUGUCUCUAUGACUACUAAAUAACUAAACUUAAUGGAAGGUAACUGAAGUUCACUGAACAUAGCUGAACUUAUAUACUACUUGAUAAUUGAUUGUUAUUUUCACUUAAUUUUUGUGACGAUUUCUCUUCAUAGGCAUACCUUUUUGCAACAGUUUACUCACUUUCACACGCAGGCCGUUAAAAAACCUAUUAAGAAAGCAUGUGUUUCCUCCCUUACAGAAUAUUGCGAAAAUAUGUUAGACUAGUGUCAUUAAAUCGGUUCACUGCAUGAUUAGUUGCAACUAUUUUGGGGUGUUUCUUUUUUCUCUUUUCCAUGAACUGAUCCGGCUCCUUGUAUUUCAAAUUUUGCUCAUAAUUCAAAGCAAAAAAAUCAUAUCUAAAAAAUCUCAUUAUGUCGAGUUACUACUGUAAAUACAUACAUGCAUGCAUGCAUAUAUACAUACACACAUAUAUGUAUAUAUAUAUAUAUAUAUAUAUAUAUAUAUAUAUAUAUAUAUAUAUAUAUAUAUAUAUAUAUAUAUAUAUAUAUAUAUGUAUGCCUAAUAAAAAUUAGUUAUGGGUAUACAGAAUUCUGGUCAAUUGUAAAUAAGAUUUACAAAUUUUCUGCAUUUUAAAAGUGCAAAUUUUAGAAGAACAGGAUUUUAAAAAUCACCAUAAAAAUUUAUGUGACUUAUUUAAAAAAACAACAACAUUGUAUUUUGGUAGGCUAGUAUGCUACUAGGGCCUACAUCUCUUUGCAACUUUAUGUAUUAAAAAUAAAGAU